UUUUACAGUUUGGACAUAGUUUUCCUUUCGUCCAUUCUGCUCUGUGUGGCUGUAGUGACUGUCUCCUCUCAGGAUUGCCAGAGAGUUCUUGCAAAGUUUCUAGAAGUUGGUACUACGACAUCUCCAGUGGCAUACAAUGGUAUUGAGCCAGACACAACAGGCUGUGCAGUUGGUCCAACGUUUCUGGAGUGUGGAGCAGGAGAAGGAGUGUUGAGUGAUGGAGACAUUGGACCUACAGACUCAGUGGAUGUCAGUGAUCAAGACCAGGUCACCAGGUUCUUUGUCUGGCAUCGAGACAAUGGCUCUGUGGGACUCCAAUUCACAGCCACUGAUAUCUCUACUGUGUCCUACAUUGAAGUCUACUUCUUGAGUCUUCCCUCUGCCAAAAUAGGACCACCUGAGACUACUAGAAUUGUUACUGAUUUCAAUCCAAGAGUUGAGGAUACUUUCAUCCCUCAGACUGUUCUUUCUCCUCCUCUACCAAUACACUGACCAGGAAUACAUUCACUCUACCACAGAAUCCUGAUAAUGUAGAGAUCACAUUCAAUUUCAACCAAGACACUGACUGGCUGUUCAUCAGUGAGAUACAACUGUGUGCAGGAGAUCCUCCAUCUUCCAUCUCUUGUGGCUCUCCCACCACUGACCCCACACCAACCCCUCCCCUCCCCCC